AUGGUUGAGGAUAGCAGACCACGCUUUGAAUCUUCGUUUGCAAGUCGAAACAAGAUCAGCCAACUUAAUGCCCCAGCUUCAUCUCCAUCUCCACAGACUGUAACAAACGAGGACGACGGUUCAACUUCAAAAGGUUUGCCUACUUCAAUGGGAAACUAUUUGCCAUCAGAUGAACCGCCAAGUGAGCCACAUUUUCCGCUAUCGGAACAUCAGUCAAGAUCAGAGUCAGAACAAGAGCUGGAAGAACAGGCUCACGAUCCAAGCGAGUUCCUGAUACGACAAAACGACCCCAUUGACGAUAAUUUCCAUACCCAAUCGUCAUACGAAAUGGGUCCCUCUUUGGAAGAAGGGUAUCGCGACAAGUUCUUUUCAGGGAUAGACACCUUCGACCGCAGUCGGUUUCAGACGCCGCAUCUGCAGCAAGAAGGACCUUGGGCUGAUAUGUCUAUGAUCGCCGAGUCCCUUAAUAUGGGUAAUAUGUCUGCUAGUUUUGGUGCUAGUAUGGGUAGGUCUUCUUCCUCUGGUUCGAAGUCUACACCAACUGCAGUGAGGGACUCAUUGGUUGAGUCAAUUGCACCCUUAGUGAUAACUCCCCCAACAAUCCCUUCAUUCAACCUUGGCGAGGAUCCCUUGCAUUUCUUAAAAACUCAGGAGGCAUUGCUGCUCAACAAUCUUGAAGAACUACUCCUCGAACACAGCCGACUUCUUGCCAGAGGAAGCAACAAGGUCUCCCGUGUGAGGCUGAAGAUGUUUGCUAUCAUCAAAGACAUUUCUGAGACACAACAGGCCAUGCUGGAGAUUUACAACAGGGAAAGGUCCAACAGGAUGAAACUAUUGUCUACAUUUGAAAGAUGGGAGGAACGCAAACAGAGGCUUUUGUCUAAGAUCAACGGCAUCAGGUCUCCAGAUAGCGUGGAGGGAGCUAAGUACGGACAUCUACUUCAGCAAAGCAAUGAGACAAAAAGUGAGAUAGCCUCUUUGGAAGAGAGAUUGACUGCCUUGAAACAGAAACAUCGCGUAAUCAACAAAGAGAUGUUGGAGACUCAAAGUUUGAUGGAAACACGGGCUUCAUCGUAUGUUCAGUCAUUGGAGAACAUAGAGUCUCAUGAGGAGACCGCCAUUCUCCAGCUUUCAAGCUACGUAAGCAAUGGGUCAGGCAGUGCGGUUGAUGAGAACCAGCUGGCUAGUUCUCUGUCAGGUGUUAAUGUUCCAUCCAAUAUCGUCUCCGACCAAGUCACAAAAGCGCGCAGCCCGUCAGUGAACUUGAACUUCUCCUCUCUCUUUGGUCUCAUCAAAUCCGACAAGUCUGGAGAUCAGCCCAGACAGGAAUCCGUGGUCACAGAGAAGAAUCCCAUUGAACCCAUGGCUUCACGUAUUGAUGCCAGGCUGAUAGUAGAGUCCUUGGCGAGACAGGUGAGUGCAUUGGAUGAUUUGAUUGGCUCCCAAUCGAAUGCAGGCGAAAAAUCAAAGGAAAGUGUUAUCAUUCUGAGUGAUGUGUUUGAGAGUAUCAGAGUGAUGGAAAAAAGAUUGAAAGACUUGUCUCAAUUGGCUCUUAGCUCAAGUGAGAUCGAAAAUGCUCCGGGUCUGGCUACAAAGGCACUCAGAGAUACUUUGGCUAUUUUGGGUAACAGAAUUCAAACCGUACACCGGCUCAAUCUGGAGUAUGUCGAGAUGAUCCUGAAGAAUGAAAUUGAUACAGUGGCCAAAGGAGAAAGAAUCAUCAGUGGUGAGUCUCCUGCAAGCUCAGCUACAGAAACGGAGAGUCCUCAGAAAGGACGGGCUAGUCCUGCCCCAGUUUCACCGGGUUUGGAUACUCUCUCAGGUCGCUUUUCGAGAUCAGAUUCACCAGCGUCUGCAGCCUCCCCUUCUGGCAGUGGGCUGGUGAUGGAAAACUUCAAAACUCAGUCUGCUGUUGCGUCUCCAGCUUUGACUCUGACCUCUUUUUCCCAGCCUUCUCCGCCAUCUGUUAACGGUCCAGUUCAAGCAGCCGGUAGCUUUGCUGGAAAGAAUAGCAUCACUGGACUGGGAAAAUACUCAACUAUAAACAAUGCACUGAAAAUUGGAAAGGGGGGAAAAAGAGACUGA